UAGGAAAUAUUGCUUCUUUAUUUUUCCUUUUGCUAUCUUCUGAUUUAAAAUCUCUGUCAUUUCUUAUGGUCUUUUUGUUCUUCUAAAGGGUUAACUUAAUUAACUGUGAUCAAUAUUUUAUCACACACACAAUUAAUACAUAUAUAUAUUGGUUGCAGCUGGAUUGGAGAAGAGUGAAAGUGAAGCCAUUUGUGAGUAAUUCAAGAGGAAUGCUGCAGCAGCAAUUGCCAAGGAUUGUAUUGACUGAUCCAAAUGGUUCAUCAGCUGAGGUGCUUCUCUACGGAGGGCAUAUUGUUUCUUGGAAGAAUCAAAGGAAGGAAGAAUUGCUUUUUAUGAGCAGCAAGGCUAAAUGGAAACAGCAUAAAGCAAUCAGAGGAGGUAUAUCAGCUUGCUUUGCAAGGUUCGGUGAUGUUGGUUCAGUUGAACAAAAUGGAAUGACAAGAAACAGAAUGUGGUCAUUGGAUAGAGACCCUUCACCACUACCUCCAAUAAACGAUCAUUCAUCUAUUGAUUUGAUAUUAAAGUCAACAGGAGUUGACUUAAAAACACCACGAAGUUUUGAGUUGAGGCUUCGCAUAUCUCUAAGUGCUGGAAAUCUCAUUCUGAUUCCUAGAGUCAGAAACACUGAUAACAAACCAUUUUCUUUUGCAUUUUCACUAUGCAACUAUUUAUCUGUAUCAGAUAUCAGUGAAGUGCGUAUUGAGGGAUUAGAGACGCUUGAUUAUGUUGAUAAUUUGAUGAACAGAUCAAGGUUCACAGAGCAGGCUGAUGCAAUUACAUUUGAUGGAGAGACUGAUAGGGUAUACUUGCAUAGCCCAAAUAAAAUUGCCAUCAUAGAUCAUGAGAAGAAAAGAACUUUUGUACUCCAGAAGAAUGCACUGCCAGAUUCAGUUGUAUGGAAUCCAUGGAAUAAAAAGGCCAAGGCUCUCCCUGAUUUGGGAGAUGAUGAUUACAAGAUGAUGAUAUGUGUGAAUUCAGCAGCUAUUGAUACUCCUAUUCUCUUGAAGCCCAGUGAAGAGUGGAAGGGUUAUCAGGAGAUCUCUACUGUUUCAUCAAGUUAUUGCAGUGGACAAUUGGAUCCUAACAAAGUUCUUCAUGGAUUUCAAUGAACUAUAAUUGGUGCAAUCAAGUCAAAAGUCAAUUGAGAUUUAUUUAAGUCUCAUAAUUGUGUGUGCACUUACAUUGUGCAAUGCACUAGCUUGUCCAUAAAUACAGUCUCCGCAUUCACGCAUUUGGAACAUUGGUGGUUAUUUGAUUAAUGAUCGGACAAUCCAAAUUUAAAUUAGGUAUUUUAAACAAAUUUAUAUUUUAAAGACCGUAUGUUCUUAAUUAAAUGGUCACUGAUGUUCCAGAUGCAUGAAUGUUGGAUUCCCUGAUUGUAGAUAAUCCAAAUUCGAUAUAGGUAUGGUAACAUAAAAAGCCCUUUUCCACCUUACAAUAAUUGAGAGAGCAAUUCUUACGGUAUUAGCAUUUGGUUGAGUGUAAAAUUGCUUAGCAACCUUUUCGGUAUGUAUGAUAAAUUUCAAAGAAUUUCUUGUGUCUGCUAUAGAAACCAGAUUACUUAUCAAAACA